CAGCUCAUCCUUACGUUGCAUCUCCUGGAAACAGCUCUAGCUCAGUCUCUCCACCAUGGGCCUCAGACUCAGACCUACAUCCUCCUGCACCAGGGCUAGGCCUCUUCCUAACCUACAGGUGUUGCCACUGCUGGCGCUGCUCCUCACGGCACUGGUUCCCACUACAGUUGGACGACCUGAUGUUGUGGACCCGGACCCAUAUAUUGAAUUGCGCUGUAGAUGUCCGAACAUAAUCUCUGGAGUCCCACUCAACAGUAUUUCCUUUGUGAAUGUGUUCCGGCCAGGAGUCCACUGUGCCAACGUGGAAGUGAUAGCCACAUUGAAAAAUGGAGAUAAAACCUGCCUGGACCCAAAUGCCCCUGCCAUCAAGAAAAUCGUCAUGAAGAUAUUGGAAGGUUAUUGACCAGCCGUCCGUUGACUUUCUGCUGAACCAUUUUAGUGUGCAAGAAGGGUGGGGUGUUUUGAAAUCUGGAUGUUCUACAAUCAUUUUCUACUUUAAAAUCUGGACACACUUUCAUUUUGUCUCAGAAAGCAUGUUGUAUUCUGAGAAGGUGUGUCAAAGGAUAGUACAAAGAAGAUGAAAAUGAGCUAACUGAGUUGUAACAUGCAAUUUAUGGUUUAUUUCUGCAAUUCUUGGCUAAACAUUGUGCUGUGCUUUGCAUUUCUUUAGUUGAAGGUUUUUUUCUAAAUGCAUUAUGUCAAGAUUUUCCUGUAUUUUUUGAAUUAUU